GAGAUGUACAUUUCAAAGAUGCCCAGGAUUUUCGUACUAGUGUUAAGAUUUUGUCAUUGGCGCCUGAAGAAUUUGAAAAAUUAAAGAAGGUCGUGAAAGAAAAGAAAGAAACAAUUAAUUCGGUGUUGCAUACUGCAAUGAUUUUUUCAGCCCAUCAUAAUUUAAGUGGAUGUGAUUGUGAUUUUUUUAGAACAUUAACACCAAUAUCUCUUCGACCAUAUGCAAAACCAAAAAUUGAUUGGAUGGAUAUAGGAAAUUUUAUCUCGACAUUUGUAUACGAUUAUAAAUUUCCUAAAGUUGUCAAUACGGAUUUUUUUAAUAUAGAUUUACAAAAUUUUUGGAAAUUAUGUUCCGAUUAUAGAUCAAAAUUAUUAAAAACAGUGCCAACUACAAUAAAGGAAAUCGGGCUUUUAAAUUAUCUGGGAAAAGAUAAUGAUUCAUGGGAAGAUUUUUUUAAGAAUAAGUCGGAAACAUCACAUAAAGGGAGAGAUUAUUCAUUAUUAUUAUCAAAUUUAGGUAAAUUUCCUUCAGAUAUCCCUAACCCCUCAGAUAAUUGUAAGAUAGUUGAUAUGAUAUUUACACAAUCCCUAUAUAAAAAUGGACCUACAGUUCUAGUAACUAGUGUUUGUUAUGAUAAGAAAUUAUAUUUUAGUAUUAUAUAUCAAAAAGGUGUAUUCUUGGAUGAUGGAAAGGUUGAAAGAUUUGGAAAAGGGAUGGUCGAAUGUUUACGACUUGUGGCGAAGGGAAAUAUUGAAUAG